AUGAUUCUAUCCGCCCUCCACCCGAACACACCCUCUAGCCCCAACGCAGAUCAAGUAGCUGAUAACUAUUUUGCAGUAGACCUUAGUAAAGCCGAUAUCUCAAAUUCUGAAAAGGUCCAGCUGCAAGCGCUAUUUUGUGAAUUUCGCGAUCGCAUUUCACAUGACUCUUACGACCUAGGCUCCUAUGACACCGACGUAAUCCACAUCAAAACUACCACUGAAACUCCUCCUCACAGAUUCCGACCUACACGCAUCCCCGUCAAGUUCCAAAAGGAACUAGACGCCCACAUAAACAAAUUGCUAGAAGCAGGUAGGAUAAAGGAGAGCGACACUCCAUGGGUCCAUAACACGGUGUUAGUCAAAAAACGGGACGGCUCACUUCGCGUUUGUCUAGACUUUCGACCCUUGAAUGAGAUCACGGUCCCAGACUAUUACCCGCUCCCUCGAAUCGAGGACAUUUUACAGAAGGUUGCAGGGCAUAAAUUCUACACUUCCCUAGAUCUUGCCUCAGGGUACAUGCAACUGCUCCUAUCUCCUGAGAGCCAAACCAAGUGCGGCUGGGCGACGCACCGCGGCAUCUAUCAGUUCGUCUACCUUCCAUUCGGUCUCAAAAAUGCUGGAGCCUACUUUUGCCGCGCAAUGUCACGCAUACUGGCUGGCCUAGAAGAAAACUGCCUCGCAUAUUUAGAUGAUAUUGUCGUGUUCAACAAAGAUUUUCCCAGCCACCUUAAUUCGCUGCGAAAAGUCUUACUUCGUUUCCGCGACUUUAACAUCAAAAUAUCAGGCAAAAAACUAGUUGACAUAGCCCGCGCUAGGGUGACCUUCCUAGGACACGAGAUUUCAGGAGACAACUACUAUCCGUGUGACAGAAAUCUUCAGGCUCUCAAAAAUCUACCGGUCCCCUCUUCACCGAAGGAAGUCAAAAGAUUCAUAGGUAUGGCUAACUUUUUCAGAAAAUUCAUCCAGAACUUCGCGGAGAUAGCGGCUCCUCUCUACGAACUUACAAAGGACAAAGUCAAGUUCGUCUGGACUAGCCGACAGCAGGAAGCCUUUCAGGAAUUACGCGACAAGCUACUAGCCAAACCGUGUCUGUGCUUUCCCCAGGACAAGGAUUUCAUCCUACACACCGAUGGCAGCCAAACCGCGGUGGGAGCAGCUCUGCUUCAGCAAGCCCACCACGACGACAAAACCUUGGUAGCGGUAGGUUAUUUCAGCAAAGGUUUGUCUGAUUCCCAACGAGAGUGGAGCCCGACACAUAUUGAGCUCUUUGCCAUGGUGAGUGCCCUCCGAUUCUUUAAGGCGACUAUCUACGGUCACCUGACCCGGAUAUUUUCAGAUCACCGCCCCUUGACAUACCUUCUCAAGCACAACAAGACCCACGACAACCUAGCCAGGUGGGUGAUUGAAUUACAAAGCUACAAUGUGACCAUAGAAUACUUGAAAGGUUCUUCAAAUGUUAUAGCCGAUUGCCUUUCCAGAUCUGUCGACCCCAGCGUACGUUUUCAGGAUAAUACACCCGAAACGGAGGACAUAAUUGAUUUUCCUAAUUGUCUAGCUUUGCACACUUCAAUCCCGUUUUCCAUUCGCUCUUCAACUAUUUAUCUCACGUCUCCACUUCAUAUCAAACCAUAUGAUAUUCUUUUAGAACAAAAAAAGGACCCUACAUGCAAAUCACUUAUGUCUUUUCUUGAAACGGGACGCUUUCCCACUCAUAUCGCAGAAACUGAAAAAUCCAGUUGGCUCGCACUUACUGAAAAUUGCCGCCUUCGCCCAAACGGUUGUCUUUACCACCUAACCAAGCUUCAACACAAACCAAAUUCCAUCCAAGAACGUCUCUUUCUACCAGAACAUCUCCAAGAACCAGUUUUCCUGGCUUUCCAUUCCAGCGCGACAGCAGGGGGUCACUUUAACUGGCGUAAAACACUAGCCAAAAUCUCUCGCAAAUACUUCUGGCCACAUAUGUCCGAACAGAUAUUUGCCUUAGUAAAAGCUUGUGAGUUAUGCCAGAGAAAGCGAACCCAAGCCUGUAACCAAGAACAACUGCUUCCAAUUGUUUCAUCAGCUAUCUUUCACAAAGUCUAUAUGGAUCUGACCGGCCCUUUGCCAACUUCCGAUUCAGGCAAUAAGUAUGUACUUGCUCUCAUUGAUCAUUUCUCUAAAUAUGUGAUCGUUGCGCCCUUAACGGAUUGCACUGCAGUCACUGUAGCUCACGCUAUCCUCACUGAGUGUAUUCUGAAAUUCGGCGUUAUGACUCAGCUCGUUUCUGAUAAUGCCUCGUACUUCAAGGGAGAAUUGAUCUCUGAAUUAGGACGUUUACUGCGCAUUGGGAGAUACUUCACAAUCCCCUACCAUCACGAAGUUGCACGAAUGUCUGAAUCGUUUACACCUGAACAGCAUCCCGACCCGGCUGAGUCUACUACAGAAAACACCUUAGCUCAACAGCAGGAAGAAGCCAUGGAACGCGGUUCAUCCAUUUUGUCGGAGACGGUCCAAGGUGCUGACCCGCAAGCCGCCUCUAUUUCACAUCUAUCCACUGACUCGGGAGCAAAGGAAACUGAUAUGCAAGCGUCACCUGCACCCUCAACCAGCUGCACAGCUCAGUACAUACCUUCCACCUUCAUAAUGGGCGUGGUCGACCAGAAGCUAAGCUGAAGGAAAGCAGAUUCAUUGUUGAGAUCGUCCAGCCACCGAGCGGCUGAUGCCGCCUACACUCCGAACCACCUGCAGCAUCUAUCCAACAUCGUUGACCUCUGUGAUCCGUUCAUAUACUUUUGCCAAUAAAUUAUUACCUAUUGCAGCAUUGUUGGUUUCUUACAAUAAAUGAUGAUUUGCCA